GCCUGUGAUUGGCUGAUGAGUAGUGACGUCAUUAGAUGCGCUGCCUGCAGAAGAGCUAGCCGGUGUCCCCGUUAGCUCGGAGAAGAUACGAGACCCUCGCCCGUCUUUCAUCCGACCACCUCGAACCGACAUGUCGGACUUCACAGAGGACCAGAUCGUGGAGUUCAAGGAGGCUUUCCUUUUGUUUGACCGGACGGGUGAGGGGAAGAUCACCUACAGCCAGUGUGGCGAUGUGAUGCGGGCGCUCGGACAGAACCCGGUCAAUUCUGAGGUGCUCAAGGUCCUGGGAAACCCCAAGUUAGAAGAGAUGAACUACAAGAUGUUGGAUUUUGAACAGUUCCUGCCCAUGCUUCAGGCCGUUGCAAAGAACAAAGACCAGGGUUCUUUUGACGACAUCGUAGAAGGUCUGCGGGUCUUUGACAAGGAGGGGAACGGCACCGUGAUGGGAGCCGAGCUGCGCCAUGUCCUCACUACACUUGGUGAAAAAAUGACGGAGGAGGAGGUAGAAACUCUUUUAGCGGGACACGAAGACGCCAACGGCUGCAUCAACUAUGAAGAACUCGUCCGGAUGGUGAUGAGCGGUUGAGGAUUUCAGAAACGCACUUCCAGCAUUCAUUUUAAUCUCGAAUAUUUUUAUAUUGUUUGUCUUGACUUGCCCUUUUGUCCACGUCGUCCUACCUCCAACAAGUCCAUUUUCUUUUCUUUUUCUUUCUUGACAUCAAUUUAUUUCGAAAGUGCCUAUUCAGUCUAAUGAAGAAACUCUUUCAUCUCAUUCUCCAAGCACUAUUCAGCCUCGUAGGUACACUGAAGUAAGGUUUCCUUAAUGAAUACCUCUUUGUUAACCAGUCCGUCUUGUCAACAUCUCAUGUGGUUUUUUGUUUGGAUUAAAAUGAUAAUGUGACAUGUUUUAUGUAACAGUAUUGAAUAAAAACUUUCCAAAGUGUC